UCACUGUUUUCAUUUUAAUCGGCUCCUUCAUUCGUCAUUACUAUCCUUACUAUCAGUGACCUGCGUUUUAGAACAGUUAUUUAUACGCGAGAAUCAGAUUGCAAUUGUCGCGUUUAUUUAUUACUUGCUUCGUAUCCGCCUCCGAACUAUCCUAUCGUUUCGAUAGCUGUCUUAUCAGUAUACGUAAUUAUUUCUGGUAAAGCAUCAGAGCAGUAUCCGCAAUGACCUCUGUUUCGUUACGUUUCUGCAAAACGCUACAGCAGCCAGUUAGAACACUUGCGACGAGUUCUGUGUUGGCACGGGAUGGUUCUUCGGAAUCUUGGCUUAGUAAGCUACUGGUGCGAAAGAUCGAGCCGACUAAGGAGAGUCACAGCAGGAUGCUGAGUGAUAAGGAGAUAAUUUAUGAAUUGCACACGCACAACAUUCGGCCAGAUUCGGUUAAACAAUAUUUGGAUAACUACAAGAAAUCAUUGGAAAUUGUGUCGUCCAAAAAGCAUCUAACCAUUGAACUGAUUGGCUCGUGGAAUGUUGAUGUUGGUGAUUUGGAUCAAUGCUUGCAUUUGUGGCGCUAUACGGGUGGCUUCGAAAUGGUUGAUCAAGGCAAAAAAACGCUUUACAACGAUCCGGACUAUGUUAAGUUAACUCAGGAAAGAGGCACAUUUUUACGAUCACGCCAUCUUCAGUAUCUUCUAGCAUUCAGCUACUGGCCACAACUAGCACUGCGAAAGGAUAAGAAUAUUUAUGAAAUUCGUUCGUACCGUUUGAAGCCAGGCACUAUGAUCGAGUGGGGAAACAAUUGGGCUCGGGCCAUCAAUUACCGUCAGAACAACGAUGAAGCGUUUGCAGGUUUCUUUUCACAGAUUGGACGCUUGUAUAACGUACAUCAUAUCUGGUGUUACAAGGAUCUCUUGUCACGAAAAGAGACGCGAGAAUCUGCUUGGAGAUCCCCCGGAUGGGAUGAGUGUGUUGCCUACACUGUGCCACUGAUUCGUGAAAUGCACUGCCGCAUAUUGACUCCAACGGAGUUCUCUCCUACACAAUAAGUGAAACUGAGUGUGUGAAAUCAUGUUCAUCGGGUACAGAUUAAUGUUACACUAGAGAUAGGAGAAAGUUAACUUUUCUUUACUUGGAAUAGGAUUGUUGGCAGUUGCAUUUGUAACAAUUAUUUUUUUAAGCAUUUAUGUUUUAUGUCCACCGCGCAAGGGGACUAGAAAUUGCAUUUGGAAGAUAGUGAAAAUGUAAGAACCAUAUAUCUGAAACAUUAGUUGUUAUGCAGGGAAAGCUAUCGUUUAUUCGCUUUUUGUUUCAAUACUAAUAAAAAUAUAAACAUGUGUAAACAAAAAUAA